AUGGAUCCCAGCAGUGACUACCAUUUCCUCAACCAUAUUUUGUGGAGAAGGGUGAAACUCACAUUGGUUUGUGGCAUCUUCGAGGGAGUGCUCCAGCACGUGGACCCUAACAGAAUUAUUGUUCUAAAGAAAGUGAAGAAUGUGGAGACUGGUCAAAGUGUCCCAGGAGUGAAAAUGUUUUUUGGACAUGAGAUUGUGAAUGUUGAAUUGCUGGAUGAAGACGAACAAGCUACAGCAAGAGAAAAGGCAUCUUCUGUCAGUCUAGAUACAAAUAGAACCAAGAUGGAUAAUAUGAAAGAUGAACACCUCAAUGUAUGUGAAGCUGCUUCUUCCACUACUGAGGCACCAUACUCCUCUCUGCUGAAUGACUUUAGGUUCAGCCCUUCAGAAGAAGAGGAGGUAACGUACACAGUGAUUGAUCAGUUCCAGCAGAAGUUUGGUGCUGCAAUGUUACAUAUCAAGAAGCAGAAUGUCUUGAGUGUGGCAGCACAAGGAGCUAAUGUUUGUCGUCAUGGGAAGCUGUGUUGGCUCCAGGUAGCCACAAAUAGCCGUGUUUACUUGUUUGACAUUUUUCUUCUGGGAAGUCGUGCUUUCAACAAUGGGCUUCAGAUGGUAUUGGAAGAUGAGAAAAUUUUGAAGGUUAUCCAUGACUGCCGUUGGCUUUCUGACUGUCUCUCUCACCAAUAUGGAAUUUUGCUGAAUAAUGUCUUUGACACACAGGUAGCAGAUGUCCUUCAAUUUUCUAUGGAAACUGGUGGCUUUCUUCCAAACUGCAUCAGUACUUUGCAGGAUUGUUUAAUCCGACAUCUUAAAGUAGCCUCUAAAGAUGUCUCCUUUCUAGAAGAGAGGCAAAAGCUGACUCAGGAAAAUCCAGAGGUGUGGUUCACACGACCACUUUCACCUACUUUGUUGAAAACUUUGGCCCUAGAAGCUACCUACCUGCUACCCCUUCGCUUGGUACUCCUAGAUGAAAUGAUGUCUGACUUAACCAUGCUGGUAGAUAGGUACUUAAACACCUGUCGAGAAGCGUCUGGAGACCAGCUUGGAAGCAUGGAGCCUACAUGUAUGGAGCUUCCAGAGGAACUGCUUCAACUGAAGGACUUACAGAAGCAGCGCAGGGAGAGAGCUGAAAAAGAGUAUAGGGUGAAUGCACAGGGACUUCUCGAAAGGACAGUGCUCCAGUCAACAAAACCAUUGAUAAAAACAGCAGGAAAAGAGGAAGAAGUCAAAGGUUUCUUACUUUGUGAAAACUCUAGGGUGGAUAAAACUCCAAGUCUUACAUCUUGUAGAUCCCAGGAGGAUGUGAGUUUAUUGAAAAGAGGACUAAAGAGUAAACAAAAGAAAAUAAACCCUCAGCAUCUACCUUCCUUAAAAGAAACAGAAGCCAGUGAGGAUUCUAAUCACAAACUUGUUUGCUCUGGGUCCAAGGGAUCAGAGAACCAGAGGACAACUCAAGAAGAAUACUUUAAUAAACCCAAACUUGUGUUUCAGAGAAAUUUAUCUUUGAAAGAUGAAAUAGAGCAGUUAUUGAUGAUGGAAAAGGAGAAAGAUUUAAAAUGCACAAAACAAGAUGUUUCAAUGUCUCCAAGUGACACCUUCCAUCCUUCAAGAAAAACUGUGCUUUCCACACUUCCUCCCUGUCCAGCUUUGGAGAAGACUGAUUCCUGGAUAAAUCCUCCUCUAAUUCUUCCUUAG